AUGGAGGAGGCGCAAAUCCUCCUCGACAACUUCAACCUUGCUCUGCUCUCCGCCGUCGCUGCCCCAUCACCGACGCCAGACGAGGCAGACGAGGCCGAGCAUGGCGAACCAACCCAACAGCACGCCGCUCGCCUCCUCCGACGCCUGGAACGCCACAAGUCGUGGAGCUCCCAUCUCCACGGCCAGCGCAUCCCCCUCCUGCCUCCCCCACGCCCCGGCACCACCACGGCCAUCAUCCUCGACUGCGUGACGUCAGGAAGCGCAGCCGACUUUGCCCUGGUCACGCAAGAACUACUCCUGUGGCUCUCCGUUCAUACCCAGUGCCACACUUCCGACACUCGGCUCUGGCUCGGGAAACUGGCGCCCAAUCUCACGUGGGCUACGCCCACCCCUGUUCCCCUUCAAGACUCGCCCGCCAAUGCGAUGCAGGAACUGCGAAACUGGGUGCAGGACUGUUCCACCUCCAACGCUCCUGCUACGGACCAUCUGGAGCCAGGCUUGGCCGACACAUUGCAAGUAGAAGAUCUACAGCACAUUAUGUUCUUGACCGAGGCUCAAUUUGGCCAGGCCAACGGCACCGAUGACCCUCUCGCUCGCUGCCAGCAGCUGCUGGCUGAGGCCCAUGCUAAACGCGGCCUUCGCCUCGAUCUCGUUUGCAUCGGACCCAGUGCUACCAUAGCCCCGCCUGCAGUCCUGCUUCCAGCCGCCACCAAUGGCACCUGCAUCCGCAUGUCCCCCAGCCUUUUGCAACAAGCAGAGCAGCUCAGCCCCCGCCUUUACCCUGACCACCAGCUCACCCAGCUCGAUCGUGUUCUCCACGAUAUGCAUGAGCAGGCCUCCAGCUCUGCACCAGUGCACCUUGCUCCUCCGUCGAUGACAGCAGCAGACACGUUCGACAUGCCGCCACCAGCUGACAGCGCCGUAGGGACAGAUGAACAGCUGCUCGACGGGCCCGCAGACGACGCCCUGCCGGCAGACACCGUGCCCGCCCCUUCUAACGAGGCCAUACCUACUGCUGACGCCGGCACCCACGCCCCGCCGGACCUAGCUGAUGGUGCAGACAGCGCCAUUGAUGUAGCUACCACCCUUUCUGCACCCUCACUCCGCAUCAAGCCCUCCUCCCCACGCAGCGGCACCACGCCUCUCGCUGUAGACAGCUUGGACACCAUCGUGGGCGAGUCCGUUUUCGUGCCCGUCGCCACAGGCUUUCUUCCCGCCGUCGUUCGUGGCAUUGAGGCGCCAACUGGAACCGACCAGCCUGCGCUUUUGGUUCGCCUGCCCACUGGUGGACCUGAACUAUACUUUGAUCUGACUGCAGUCAUUGCACAUGAACCGGUCCACACCAGCCCAGACAAUGCAAUAGGUUGGAUCAUGGCCCUGCCCGCCUCGAUGCUGUCCAUCCUAACGCUCCAUGCUGUCCACACAUACACACACACGCACACACACACACACCCUCUCUCUCUCUCUUCACCUCUGUCUGGACUUCUCACUUGCACCAUGCGUUUUCUCAUGACCACAACGGCUAUCACCAAUGGACUGAUAUCACAUGCCGACUACGUGUUGGCCGUGCCUUCGGCCCUGGCCAACUCUGACGCAGCACCCGUGUUUCUCCCCGGUGUUGUGCUUCAUCGCCAAGCUGACCCCGCCCGUGCCAGUCAGCCCCGCAUCGAAUUUUGGACGGGGGUCAUCGACCACGCCUCAACUGAGCACAUGGCCACACUCACCUUUCCGGAAUUUUGUCUAGCAGUCCAACACAUGGCCCGCUAUCCAGCCACCUCGUUUGGUGCUCAGGCUCCCACCACUUCACCUUCGCCGCAACAGCGGACACCCUCUACCCCUUUGAGGCUGACAAGCACGCCGACGACCCCCGCCAUCAAUGCAACCCCACUCCCAUCCGCUACGCGCACUGACGCCUCCGAGAAUGUGCCCGUGCCAUCACCACUGAGCUCUUCUGACCCCGAACCUCGCUUGACGCGCUCGCUGACGCGUUCUCAACCGCUUCGCCAUCGAACUCGCCUGGAUGUAUCGCGCAGAUCAGGCCCCUCCUGUGCUGACCGUCGUGCCUCUUGGCUAGCGACAUACCUCAUCCAUGUGUUUCUCCCUUUGCGAACAGUCAUUCGCUCGGAGAGUCAGAGCACCAUCAACCUUGGACAGAGGUCUCUCGCUGCUAUGGAGGAGAGCAGUGCCCACUCCUCCAGUCGGAACACUUUGGUGCUCAGCCCGGCCGCCCAACGGCUUGAGAACCAACGUAUUGCCCACCAGGCGCGUUGGCAAGAGCAUGGCACACCUGUACGCAAUCGUCCCCCUCAAGUACGCUCCAUGGAAAAGGCAGAUGACGGCUUGACGCUGCGCCGUCAGAGGCAGCACCAGCAACGGUUAAUCGAAUUGCAUCAGCAGCGUGCCGCGCGUCAGCACUACAGCAUCAUAGAAUCAUCCAUGCGGCGUCAGCAAGAAGCACGGCGCGAACAAGCGGCAGUGCAAGAGGCACAUGCUCAACAACAACAAGCUCAAAAGCAAGAAGCCAUGCGCAUUAGUGAACGGGCUCGGGCGACGCAACGAGCCGAGGCCCGUCAGCGACAGCAAGCGCAACAAGAGCACCAAGCCCGCGUGCAGCGCCUGCGUGCCCAAAAACAACACCACGCUGCCACGGAGCGGCGGCAGACAGAGGCUCAAGGUCGACAGGCAACUUUUGAGGAAUAUUCCCAAUACCUGGUGGGGCGGCGCAUGCGAACACAAGCGCAUGCACAUGCCACGCUUCGGGCAGCAGGCCGCACCACCGGCCACCUUUAG